UUCAUUAAAAUCAAAAGCCCCACUCACAACCUCUCUCUCCUCCUUUCCCCCAUCUCUCUCUGCUAAAGAACCCUAAAUCUCCUCCGAUUUCGCCUUCCUCAUCUCCAUUCCGGCCACACCAGGCCUAUUCAAGCAGAAACCCAGCUUGUGAUUUCCACUGAUUCGACGAUUGAUGGAAACAAAACCCUAAAAAUCAAACUUUUUUGAUUGAUCUCUCCAAAAAACCGAAGUUUUGUUUUGUUUUGUUUUUUCUUGUGUAGCUGUAGAAACUAAGAAAAUGUACAAGAAUCAGCUGCAGGAGCUCGCGCAGAGGAGCUGCUUCGGCCUCCCUUCGUACACUUGCCUAAGGGAAGGUCCCGACCACGCGCCGCGUUUCAAGGCCACCGUUAACUUUAACGGCGAGAUCUUCGAGAGUCCUCAGUACUGUUCCACUCUCCGCCAAGCUGAGCACUCAGCUGCUGAAGUUGCUCUCGGUGCCCUCUCUAACCGCGGCCCUUCUCACUCUCUCGCCGCUAGGAUCUUGGAUGAGACGGGUGUGUACAAGAAUCUCUUGCAAGAGAUAGCUCAAAGAGUUGGAGCUCCUCUUCCGCGUUACACGACCUUCAGGUCUGGUCUUGGCCACCAGCCCGUGUUUACUGGCACCGUUGAGUUAGCUGGAAUCACGUUCACCGGAGAUCCCGCUAAGAACAAGAAGCAAGCAGAGAAGAAUGCUGCUAUGGCUGCUUGGUCUUCCCUUAAACAACUGGCGAAAGAGACUUCAAGCUCAAUGCCUGAGAGUGAGAACAGUGACGAGCUAGAGCAGGUGAUAAUAGCAAGAGCCUUGAUAAACUACCGUAUCAAGGAAAACAUUGGCAGUGGAAGCUCCUCGAGUGCGCCGGUUCCGUUUGCGAACAAGUUCUUCAUGCAGAACCUUAGACCGACGAGUCCACAGCCUUCUCAUGCAACCACAUCGAGGAUCUUACCCUUCAUCUGCCCAAAGCCUUCCUCUAGAACCUCCAGAUCCGUAUCAGCAGCAUCCGUCGAAAGAGCCAUUGCAGCCGCUUUGGAAAACCGCAACUACAGGCCUCCGCAGCAGAGAUUCGCUGCAGCAACUCCGGGAGCGGCAGCAGCGCCUCCUUAUGUUCCCAUGAGGCAUUUGAGAUCACCAUGCAACGGGAUGGCUCCGCCUGUGACGAUCAGAAACUCUGUACCGGUCUUCUCUGCACCUCCUCCAGCUUGUGCAAACACUCAACAGCAGCAGCGACCUUCUGUGUAUGUACCAUCGAUGAUGCGCAAUGCAGCGCCUGUGAGGAUCGCGCCUCCUGUCACGAUUAGAACUGCGGUGCCUGUUUUUGCUUCAGCCCCACCACAGAUCAGAAAGGAAGAGGCUUUACCUGUUAGGAAAGUGAAUGUCCAGACCUCUGUGAAGCCUGUGGUCCAGGAAAGAGAGGAAAGAGCUCUAAGCUUGCCUGAUAAUCUUGAAAUCGAGUUAGAAGGAAGUGCUAAACCAGUUUCAGAAACGGAUAGAGCAGCAUUGAAGGAUUCUAAGGGAGAGCAUCAGACAGUGAAAGAGAGACUGGAGAAUCUCAAAAUCUGGUAGAAAUAUUAUGUUUGGGUUUAGCUUUUUUUCGAGGUUGGUCUCUAAAACUGGUUAUUAAACUCGGUGGAUCUGAGUAGUUUGGUAAUGAGCAGGAUUUGUAUUAUAUUGGGAGUCUUAGUAGGUAUGAUCUAUGGAUUCUAGUUUUGUAUCUGUUUCACUUUCUUAUUCAAUCUGUUUUCUGUCCUCU